CCAUUCUAAAGAAACGUAAGCCAACUCAAUUCCUUUGGCUCCCACACUUGAAAAGUGGCAUUCCAGCAAAUAUAAAGCAAAAGAGAGGACAUUUCACGCCACCCAAAUAGAGGAAAAGGAGAAUCAAAGCUUCUUCCAUGGUACAUUGAUUGCCUGCCUGUGCAAAAGUCUUCAUUUAUAAAUCUUCUUUCAAGUUCAGAAAAACUCGGUCAGCCUCACCUUUCAAAGACGCCUUAAUUGCUGAACAAAACAACCUAACAUUUCUGAUGCCUCCUUUGAACCUAACAAAGAAGCUGAAACCAGCCAGAAAGGCCUGGAGGAGUUUCACGAACAAAGUCAGAUCGAAACUCCACAACUUCCACGUCCCAAGUUCCAUCAAAGCAGCAAGUCAUCGUUUCCUUGAGUUCUGCACGCUUCGUCUCUUUGCACCUCUCAGGAAAUGCUUUCUUUCAAAGUAUUCCUCCAGCCGUCCUCGCCGGUAUGAAUACAACCACCUCUACCAUUACCAACACUACCAAAACCAGCUUCACAAGAACCGUAAGGUUAUAUAUAUAGACCAGCUCUAUGCAGAGCCUAUGUCAAUGCAAGCAAAGCAUGUUGAACCACAGGCGGAGUCGAGCAGACGAAAUGAAGUGGUCGGUGACAAGCCUUUGCGAAGCAAAGGCAAAGAAGACGAGAGCAGUGUUUAUAGUAUUGAAGAUGAAUGGAAUGCUAUUGUUGCGAGAUCACCCCAUCUAAGGGGAGUGGAUGAAAGAGCAGACGAGUUCAUAGACAAGUUUCAUGAAGACAGAAAGCUUGAGAAGGAAAGGAGUGAUCUUGAUUUCCAGGAGAUGUUGGCCAGAAGUGCAUGAAUCCAUUUUCAUCUUUUUUAGCUUUCAUGUUUUCUUCUUUUUAAAUGCAAAACAUGAAAGUGAUAUAUACAUUGGAGCUUUGCAGGUUUUGGUUACUGAUUCCCUUUUUUUUUUUUCUCUUCCUUUUAUUUUAUGAGUGGACAGAGUUUCUGUUUUAUACUAAAUGGGUUUUGAUCAUUGUAUAGAUUGGAUAAUUGUGUGAAAAUUUUCUGCAGAUUUGUAUUCCUGUUCUUUCCUACUCAUACAGGGAUGUCUGAUUUUGUUUUUCCAUUUUUUUCCUUUGGAGUGAUACAAUAAAUGUUUGGUUGUGCAUUUUCUGAUAAAAAAAUGAAACAUCUAUGCUUGUAC